GACGUCAGAGAGAACCGCGGCGAGACCUGCUGGCAGCCAAGUUCCUCUUAAAAAACACUCCCCAUUUCCUGUUUCAGGGGAGGUCCGGAGUUACUAUUCCGGCACAAAGUACCGUGACCAUGCAUGCACUCGGGGAGGACGGCGCAUCCCGGGAUCGAGGGAAGUGGAUCCCACGGCUGCCCCCAUCCUCGGAGCAAGGACCAGGACGGAGGGAAGCGGAUCCCAGCCAGCUGCUCCCACCCCGAACGCUCGGGUAGUUCCGGCCCCGUGAUCUCCGCGCCCGCGGGGCAGCGGGUCCGCACCCAUGGAAUGCCGAGGGGGCGGCGGGCGCGGCGGCUCCGCGGAGCGGGGGACGGGAUCGCGCGAAGAUCUGUUCUCCAAUAUCUGGCUCUGGCGAGCGGUGGCUGGAGUCCUUAGUGCUGCUGUCAUUUUAAUAUCAUGUAUUCAGUUUGUAAACCUUUCUUCAGCCAAAGAUUUUCCUGUCUGUCCUUCCCUGGAAGUCUGCCCAUCAGGUUGGCUGUAUUUCCAGAGGAAAUGCUACUACCUGUCGGAGAAUGAAGCCGACUGGAACUCCAGUCAGAGCCACUGCUCUUUGCACAAUGCUUCCCUCCUGGUGAUCAAGAAUCAUCAGGAACUGAGUUUUAUGAUGAAGAUAACAAAGCAAGACCCAUGGAUUGGACUCUAUAAAAGAAAUGAAGAGUUCUUUUGGGUGAAUGGAAAAGCAUUAGACAGUGAACUAAUUGAGGUAAAAGGCUCUGGAAACUGUGCCUAUCUUGAGUCAAAAGGAGUCUCAGCCUCUGGAUGUUAUUUAACCAGAAAGUGGGUCUGUAGCUUGACCAUGAACUCAGCGCGAUGAAGGUGGAUGAAGCCACCCCCUGACAUUUUCACCUAUCUCUGAUGUGGUGUCUGCACAGGCUGUGUCAAUACUCUGCGACCUGGGAACGUCUCAGCUUCUGCCUGAAGGUGAAUGACUUUUCUAGUAGCCAGAAUUCUCCAGCCAUGGAGGAAGCCUCUGAUUUUUAAAGAUACCACUUAAAAGGUUUGCUCCAGCACCUUGAUAAGUCAUUUCUUGCCCCAUUUUUCUAAGUACUGCCCAGCCUGUAGAUUCUUUUUGUUGUGUCAUCAGUAUUUCUUCCAUUAACCCUUCUUUUGGAGGAGCAGCUGCUCUUUCUUUUCCUUUUUGGUGUGCAGCUGGCAGUUUUUGUUCUACUUUUCCCUCUGUGUGCAGGGAUGGGUGGUGAAGUGGGACUUUCUGAAGGUCUGCCAGUGCCUCUCAGAGAUAGGGGAAUGCAGGAAUAAGCACUGUUGUUUUAGACAGGAUCAUAGCAGGUUUCCCUCUUCUGGUUUGAUGGGAUGCAUCUUGUGUGACUCUGCAUUGUAUUCAGUGUUUUGUUAAUGUUAUUUUACAUUAGCCUUGUUAAAUCCCAGUGAUAAUGCUGUCAAGCUAAUUUAUGUAGCUGCACUGGACCUGAAGUUAUCCUUCCCACAAGACUUAUUUUAGCCCAAAAAACCCCAGAACAGAUAAGAAUAUUUAUUUACCUGAGGAUCUGUUCUGAUGGGGGGUAAAAGAGUUUGAACUGGAAAAGUAAUCGUGAAGCUGCAGGCAUUACUGUGUAAAGUUAGAAAUAGUUCUCAGUGCAAAUAGGCAAAAUCAGGAGAAGAGAAAAAGAGAAUUAAUAGCAAGCAAAGGAGGUUUCUCUGUGGUUUCCUCAUGUCCUGUGACUGUCAGAGUGUGAAGCUUCCUAGCAAGUGGUACAUUUCUGGUUGGAUAAUGAGUGUUUCCAGAGAAGGAAGAAUGGGAAGUUCAUCUUCCUCAUUUUCUGUGACAAUAGGACUUCACUGUAACAGGACCACACAGUAUGGAUAUUGUCACCAACUUGUAACUUUAAGAUGUUUAUUAAUAUAUAAUCACUAAUUUUGCUGAACUACACUUUUUUUCAUGGCUUAUAUUCUUUAUAGGCACGGUAACAGGACUCUACAGUGUGAAAAGCCUAAUAAUCUGUGUAUUAACAUAUAUGUUGUGUUGGGAGGGUAUUAUUCUGCGAUGUUUUUAAAUUAACCUGGUUCUGAGGGAUAUGGUAUGUGCAAUAGUCCCAAAAAGAUACUCAAUAAAUAUCCUUACAGAGCCUCCGAAUUACAAUCGUUUGUGUCUUAAUAUUGUGCCAUUAAAAGUAUUUUUCAUUCUGGCACCAUCUGGGGAGGAAAAAACCCACCAGACGGAAGCAAAGUAAAAUAUUCAGGUUUUGAAUGUGAAAAAAUCUUUAAUUGUAAUGUCGGGGUUGACACGAAACAAGACAUUUGACCCAAAAAAUAAUGCAUUUCAUUUCCCAACUCUUCAUAAUGUGUCAGACUUUUAACAGAAGCAUUUAACCUAAAUGUACUUGUGUGGAAAUAGGCACAAUGAAACACACACAGGAUGGUAAAUCUGGGGGGAUAACAUGGAAUUUUCCGCAGUUCAUUAUUGGAAAUUUUUAUGAGAAUAUUUGCAUUGGGGACAUAGUAGAGGUACAUUUCACAGAUUUGGAUAGAAAUUGUGAUGGAUAAGGAGUAUUCAUUUAUGAUUUUGUGUCUCAGCCUUUCUUACUGAGCUGAUUUACCUGAAUGUUUUCUUCAACUAAAGAAAAUAAAGUUGCUCUUACAGAA